AUGCCUCCACAUUGUUCUGAAGUCGGCCUCUCAAGGCCCAGCUCCGGCCUCCCGGCGGCCUCUCCAGGUACAACUCAGGGCCUCAAGUGGGCCCCUCCAGGGCCAGCUCCUGCCUCCCGGCUGCCUGUAGAGGCCCAGCCUCUGUCUCCCUCGUGGCGGCCUCUCCAGGCCCAGCCCUUCCCCUUCCUCCUGCCUGUGACGACAGGCCCGAUGCCUGCAUCGCAACAAGAAACUUCUGUGGCCUCAGCUCCUGCCGAGCUCCCGCCAGCCUUUGUAGACCCAAACCUUUCUCCAGCCAGACUCUGUAGGCCCACCUUCUGCCUCACGGUGGCCUGCACAGACCCAGCUCUGCCUGGAGAACAGCUUCUGCAGGCCCCGCGCUUGCCUCCCAGGGGCCUCUCCAGUCCCAGCUCUCACCUCACGGCGGCUUCCUGGGGCCAGGUUCCUGCCUGCCUGCCUCCUGGCAUCCUUGACAAGCCCAGCUCCUCCUGCACCAUGGCCUGUUUUGGCCGAAUUGAUGCCUCUUGCGGCCUGCCCAGGUGUGUGAGCUCCUGCCUCACACUGGCCUCUCUAGGCCUACGUCUCCCUCAUGCCAGUCUGUUGGGGCCUAGCUCAUGCCUCUCUUGGCCUCUCCAGGCCAAGCCCCUGCCUGUGGGCAGCCUCUCCAGGUCCAGCCUCUACCUCGCAGUGGGCCCUCUCCGGGUCUGCCUCUUACCUCACAGUGGCCCUAUAGGGCCACGCUCCUGCCCUUCUGUGGCAUCUGAAGGCCCAGCUACUGCCUCCAAGUGGCCUCCGUAG